GUGAGGGAGAAGCGAGCGGGGAGGAGCCGAGUCGGAGUCUGCCUGGUGUCGCUGCCCCCUUGCUCCCCCCUCCGUCGCUGACAGGCAGCAGCCGGAGCCACCGGGCGGGCGGGCAGCAGAUAUGAUCUCAAACGCCAUGAGUACGUGACUUCAGAAAUGGACAACUGGAUCUAUUAUAAAUUGUGAUUGGCCUUAAGCUGACUUGCAACCAUAAGAAAACCUCACAGUAUCUCUAUCUCAUUCCUGCUUGAUACCUAUAUAGUCACCUCACGCCACCACUUCAAUCAUGUAUGGAAGUGCUCGGUCAGUUGGUAAGGUUGAACCAAGCAACCAGAGUCCUGGGCGUUCACCAAGGUUGCCAAGAUCACCGCGCUUGGGUCAUCGUCGAACCAACAGCACAGGUGGGAGCUCUGGAAGCAGUGCUGGGGGUGGGAGUGGGAAAACGCUUUCCAUGGAAAAUAUUCAAUCCUUAAAUGCUGCCUAUGCCACAUCUGGCCCUAUGUAUCUAAGUGACCAUGAGAACGUGGGUGCCGACACCCCUAAAAGCACCAUGACUCUUGGCCGAUCCGGGGGGCGGCUGCCUUAUGGUGUUAGGAUGACUGCUAUGGGUAGCAGCCCCAAUAUUGCCAGUAGUGGGGUUGCCAGUGAUACUAUUGCAUUUGGAGACCACCACCUCCCUCCAGUGAGCAUGGCAUCCACUGUGCCUCACUCACUGCGCCAGGCCAGGGAUAACACUAUAAUGGAUCUGCAGACACAGCUCAAAGAGGUGCUACGAGAAAAUGAUUUGUUGCGCAAGGAUGUAGAGGUGAAAGAAAGCAAGCUGAGCUCCUCCAUGAACAGCAUCAAGACCUUCUGGAGUCCCGAGCUAAAGAAGGAGAGAGCCUUGAGAAAAGAUGAAGCUUCCAAAAUCACCAUUUGGAAGGAGCAGUAUAGAGUGGUGCAGGAAGAAAACCAGCACAUGCAGAUGACGAUCCAGGCUCUCCAGGAUGAGCUUCGGAUCCAGCGGGACCUGAACCAGCUGUUCCAGCAGGACAGCAGCAGUAGACCCAGUGAACCAUUUGUGGCAGAGCUGACAGAGGAGAACUUCCAACGGCUUCAUGCAGAGCAUGAGCGCCAGGCCAAGGAACUUUUCCUGCUGCGCAAAACCUUAGAAGAGAUGGAAUUGCGCAUUGAGACUCAGAAGCAGACCUUAAAUGCCCGUGAUGAGUCCAUCAAAAAGCUGCUGGAGAUGUUGCAGAGUAAAGGACUGUCUUCAAAAGCCACAGAGGAGGAUCAUGAGCGGACAAGACGGUUGGCUGAAGCAGAGAUGCAUGUCCACCACCUGGAGAGCCUGCUGGAACAGAAGGAGAAGGAAAACAAUAUGCUGAGAGAGGAGAUGCAUCGUCGGUUUGAAAAUGCCCCUGACUCAGCCAAGACAAAAGCUCUACAAACUGUUAUUGAAAUGAAGGACUCAAAAAUCUCCUCCAUGGAACGUGGCCUCCGUGACUUGGAAGAGGAGAUUCAGAUGCUGAAGUCAAAUGGCGCUCUAAGCACAGAAGAGCGUGAGGAGGAAAUGAAGCAAAUGGAGGUGUACCGUAGUCAUUCCAAAUUCAUGAAAAACAAGGUAGAGCAACUGAAGGAAGAGCUAAGUGCCAAAGAGGCUCAAGGGGAGGAGCUGAAAAAAAGAGUGGCUGGUCUCCAGGCCGAGAUUGGUCAGGUGAAACAGGAGCUGUCACGCAAGGACACUGAGCUGCUGGCCUUGCAGACAAAACUGGAGACACUCACAAACCAGUUCUCUGACAGCAAGCAGCAUAUCGAGGUGCUGAAAGAAUCCCUUACGGCUAAAGAACAGAGAGCUGCCAUCCUGCAGACAGAGGUGGAUGCACUACGAUUACGUCUGGAGGAAAAAGAGACCAUGCUGAAUAAGAAGACAAAGCAGAUCCAGGAGAUAGCCGAGGAGAAAGGGACUCAAGCAGGAGAAAUACAUGACCUCAAGGACAUGCUGGAUGUAAAAGAACGCAAGGUCAACGUUCUUCAGAAGAAGAUUGAAAAUCUCCAGGAACAGUUAAGAGACAAGGAAAAACAGAUGAGCAGUUUGAAGGAUCGAGUAAAAUCCCUGCAGGCUGACACCACCAACACUGACACUGCCUUGACCACACUGGAAGAAGCACUUGCAGAGAAAGAGCGGACUAUUGAGCGCCUGAAGGAGCAACGGGACAGGGACGAGCGAGAAAAACAAGAGGAGAUUGACAACUAUAAAAAAGAUCUUAAGGACCUGAAAGAAAAAGUCAGCCUUUUGCAAGGAGAUCUCUCUGAGAAAGAGGCUUCCCUGUUGGAUUUGAAGGAACACGCCUCAUCGCUGGCUUCUUCAGGACUGAAGAAGGAUUCCAGGCUCAAGACACUGGAAAUUGCAUUGGAGCAGAAGAAGGAGGAGUGUCUGAAAAUGGAAACUCAGCUGAAGAAGGCUCAUGAAGCUACACUGGAGGCCAAGGCCAGCCCAGAGCUGAAUGACCGAUUCCAGCAGCUGGAGCGGGAGGUGGCACUGUACCAGGAAGACACCAGUAAGGCUCAAGCUGAAGUGGAUCGUCUUCUGGAAAUCCUGAAGGAGAUGGAAAAUGAAAAGAAUGAUAAAGAUAAAAAGAUAGCAGAACUUGAGAGGCAAGUCAAAGACCAAAAUAAGAAGGUAGCAAACCUGAAGCACAAAGAGCAAGUGGAGAAAAAGAAGAGUGCACAGAUGCUAGAAGAGGCCAGACGGAGGGAGGACAAUCUCAAUGACAGCUCCCAACAGCUUCAGGAUAACCUGCGUAAAAAGGAUGAUCGGAUUGAAGAAUUGGAAGAGGCGCUGAGAGAGAGUGUGCAGAUAACUGCAGAGCGGGAAAUGGUGCUAGCACAAGAGGAAUCAGCCAGGACUAAUGCUGAGAAACAGGUAGAGGAGUUGAUGAUGGCUAUGGAGAAAGUGAAGCAAGAACUGGAGUCCAUGAAAGCAAAGCUGUCCUCUACCCAGCAGUCUUUAGCUGAGAAGGAGACCCAUUUAACCAACCUACGAGCAGAGAGGAGGAAACAUUUGGAGGAGGUUCUGGAGAUGAAACAAGAAGCUCUUCUAGCUGCCAUCAGUGAAAAAGAUGCCAACAUUGCUCUGCUAGAGCUUUCAUCCUCUAAGAAGAAGACCCAAGAUGAAGUGGCUGCACUGAAGCGAGAGAAGGACCGCCUGGUGCAACAGCUCAAGCAACAGACUCAGAAUCGCAUGAAGUUGAUGGCAGAUAACUAUGAGGAUGACCACCUCAAAUCCUCAUCCCAUUCCAACCAAACUAACCACAAACCCUCUCCAGACCAGAUAAUUCAGCCCCUUUUAGAACUUGACCAGAAUCGCAGCAAAUUGAAGUUGUACAUUGGACACCUGACAGCCCUCUGCCAUGACCGUGACCCCCUGAUUUUGCGUGGACUCACCCCACCUGCUUCCUACCACCUGGAUGAUGACCGGGCAGCUUGGGAGAAAGAGCUGCAGAAGAUGACCCAGGAACAGCUUCAUGGUGAGUUAGAAAAGGGUGAGAGGGACAGUGCUGAGCUGCAGGAGUUUGCCAAUGCCAUCCUACAGCAGAUAGCAGAUCACUGCCCUGACAUUCUGGAGCAAGUCGUCAACGCACUUGAGGAGUCGUCAUGACCUCAGCUGCUAGCCCGAACAGAGCAGCACACCCAGUGACCAAGCCCAGUCUGUCCAAGAAGUCAUUAGAAUGGAAAGAAUUGUGAAAGAAGGACAAGGGAACAGGAAAUUUUGGUGCACCUUUUACAAAGAAAGAAAGAAAGGAAAACUUUAUAAAUUACAUGCUAUCUUGGUUCUUCCAGUCUAUGCUUACUGAAUCGUGUCUGCAUUCAUCCUCUCACUGCCUUUCUAUUUUGGUAUCUGCCUCCCAGCUAACUUUCUCUUGUUGGUAUUGAGGCUUUUGGAUACAUCUAAGCAGAGACUUGCUGAAUCCGGUCAACACAGAAGAGGGCUUUUGGACAUGAGUGGCUAUGAUUUUUUCUUGAGGUAGUGAAUGGGGGAGCACUUGUCUUUUGUUGCUGUUUUUUUUUCCCAUACAAACUGAAAGCCUGAAUUUCUUAAUACUAAAACUGAGAACACUGAUCAAGGCUCAGAGCUGGUCAGCAUCAGCUAGCUAUCUCAGGAUUUGCUGUCUGUCUCUAAAUUAGUGACUUCUUAUGGAAAGUCUCCUUAUGUGGUCCUACUGGUCACUUCCAUGCAAUAACUGUGGGACAAGAUAGGCAUAUGGGUGAUUUCUGAUUGGUGAUUUCUGUUUAUUUUGCCUCACUUUUGUUGUUCAUUGGCUCUGAAGUACUGAAAGUGGCUUUUUUCAGAAGAAUGUUUUCUUUAGUUGGCUUUCUUGGUCUGUCCUAGUUAUUUUGCAUCAUAGUGUACCUCAUCUGUAUCUUGUAAAUUCUUGUUUACAGAGAGCUUCCUUCCUUCAAACAGGCUCUGGGCAGCAGGGCAGCUCCUGGACUUGACUUUUCUCUCUUACUAUUGAUAAUUUUUCAGGCAGUAGCUUUUGUGAAUUCUAAUUGCCAGGAGACAAGUCCUACACAUUGUCUACAUGAGAAAGUUGCAACAGUUUGACUAAAAGUAUGAUUUUUUUUAAACCAAUUUAGGUAAACUGGUAGAACAGGCUGUGUGAACGCUCUUACUUCAAUUUAAAUCAGGUUUAUUUUGAUUUAUCUCAAGAAUCUAUGGAAGCUAAACUGAAAUAAGCCAUUCUUAAAUCAAAAUAGGAGUAUCUACACCAGUGGUUCUCAAACGUCUGUACUGGUGACCCCUUUCACAUAGCAAGCCUCUGAGUCCCCCCCCCCCUUAUAAAUUAAAAACACUUUUUAAUAUAUUUAACACCAUUAUAAAUGCUGGAGGCAAAGUGGAGUUUGGGGGUGGAGGCUGACAGCUCAUGACCCCCUGAUGGGUCCCAACCCCCAGUUUGAGAACUCCUGAUGUACACUAUGCUUUCCAGUGGUUUAAGUAAUUUGGUUUAAAAUCAUACCAUUAGUUCAACCAUUGCAACGUUUGUAUGUAGAUGAGGCCUUAUCAUAGGUCCAUCCACCCCUCACCUUACUAAAUCUCCUGCUGCUAAGUGAUGUGAUCUCACAUAGCUGAUCUGCUUGUCAUUCUAUUAGCAAAUCAGAAUCUUCAUCAUGGCUAGGACUCUGAAUGUUCUUUCAUGCACUUUUCACUAAUGUUGAAGACAUGGUUUUGUUGCAAGAGCACCUGUGAAUAUUCACAGGACAGAACUUUUUGGCAUCACCCUACAUGCCCCUUAAAGGAAUUAUCCCCUUUUGAAUUUUUGGUGCUCUCAUAUUCCAGGUUAAGAAAACAGAGUUUUGUUACAUUAAAGAAGAGGGUGGAAAGAUUUGAAAACCAGUAUCAUAGUGGAGAGAGUGCUGGCUCUUCACCUGCUUUCCCAGCAGGUCUGCAUCAAUAGUCAAUGUCUUGACUCCUGGUUCCUCGGCUCUAGCUCUGACUGAUCUUUCAAAGUCUAGAAAUAUCUGAUAUUAAAUGUCCGUAAUCCAAGCCUUUAGGGCAGACUCUCAGUAGACCUUUCACCAUUUGGAGCCUGCAGUGUAAUUUCCUCUCCCUCGCAUGAAAUUCUGAACCCACAUCACAGAGCCCAUUCACUGCCCAAAAUGCUGUAGUCCCAGUCAGCUAACCUAUUUCCUUGUCUUUCAAGUCUGCAGAGCAGUUUCCUCCACCUCUUUUUCCAUUUUUGGGUUGACUAACCCCUCUGGAUAUGAAGAUGAUUGGCAAAAACUUGAGAGUCAACACUCACCCUGCGCUUAUCUGAAAAUAGUACUGAAAGUCAAAGCAAGAAAAGGUUUUUCACUGGCAUUCCCAUAAAAUAUAAUGAAUAGUUUUAAAGUAAACCAUGUCUAAGCUCAUUCUACCUUUCUCAUUAUGAAAGGACGUAGUGGGUCAUCCAUUGCCAACAGCCAACCACCUAAAGGAAUUCAAUCUUCUCCUCUCAUUGAUAUAAAAGGGAACAUUUUAGGGGGAACUGGAUAAAUAAUAGUGUCCCCUCCUGAGUUUCCUAAGAUGUUCACAUUUAUUUGUUUUGAGCCUUUGUUGCUUUGCAAAUCAGGAAAUACAGCUUUAGUUCUCAUUGCAGUGAUAGGCAGUGUCUGAUGCUUUUUUGUCACUGAACGGGAAAGGAAUGGGAACCUGACUGUUUGCAGGGUGAAACAGCAUGUACCGGAAGGCAUAUAGACAGUGACUGUACAUACCACUGAGCCAUGCCUCAUACCAGAGCCGCUCCUUUGGCCUUAUUAUUUGAGUCAGCACGUUUUGAUAGAAACUGUUUUGAAAUCCUUCCUCUUGCUUUCUCUUCAUCACCCAUAAUUACUCACUUUAGGAAUUUAAUGCUGCCUAUAAAACCAUCACAGCCAUCAUCGUAGCAUCUUCCCACCACCACCGCUUCCUGACUGUCCCAUUAGCUUAUAUGGUCAAAUCUCCAGCUGUCCUUGUUCCCUGCUGUAAAAUAAUCCUCUUUCUGUGAGAAGCUGUGGAAUUUUCCUUAUCGAUGGUUCAAAUGACUCCUACUCGUAAACCUCUUACUGAGAUGCUCCUUGAUAGUGUUUCUGUGUAGUGGAGGGGAGUGAAUAGUGGUCAUUUGUGGCUAUUACUUCAGUUCCCUUUUUUAUUGCACUGCCCAUAAAUCACAAGAAACCCCCGAUUUUCAAUGCUGGGAUUUCUAGGGUCUUUAACUCAGCUGCCACCAUGUGGCUGCCCUUCUGUACAACUGGAACUGCCUCAACAAAGGCAUGUCAGUCUCAUGACAGUGGGUGCAAAGUUUGUGCAGUGAAAGCCACGUAAAUCCUACUGUUUGCACUCUACACUGCUCCCAGCAUGUUCUUUGGAGGGAUUUGUCAAGCAGGGAUAAUUCUCACUUUGGGUUUUUAUCUUCAAGCAACACAUUUGCUGUUUUUCUCCAUCUGAAAUAUUGUGCCUUGCUGCAUUUCCUUCCAUUACCUACUGUUGUCUUGUUGGGCUCCUAGCCCUGCCACUGUGAACCUUGAUCUAAGUCCUCAGUAAAGUGAGUGAGCCAGAUCUUGUCUGGGAACGGACUUGAUCUGACUAGAUCUCUAGUGAACUGUUACAGAUAAUCUCCUUUAUCCUGCUUAGAUAGAGAUCAUAUCAUGCUGAAUAGCCCUGGGAGCUGCUUGAUUCAGGGUGAGAUGGCUGGCCAUUAAUUCUGAACAUGAGCCGUCUCAACAUUUUUUCUUUUAUGGAGUGCCGUGCCAUUAGCCUUAGGGUAACUCAUGGAUUUAGGUGACAUAGGAUCAAUCAUGAGAUGGCAUAUCAUGCACAUGUGGGGGGGAUGAUGUCCCCGCAUGCACGUGUGCAGUCACCCCGUUGCUCAACCUAUCAGAGCUCUUUUAAACUUGUAUUUCCCCAUCUCAACUUCCAGGGAGACCAAGCCAGUUACUCAGGAAAUACAGCUCUAUAAUGCAGUAGUAUUCCUGGCAAAUUCAUGUGCCCUUUCUGUUUUCCUGCCCCAGAGUCCAGUUUCCAAGGACAACCUUACAAAAAGAAGCUGCGGAAUCUCACUUAUUCUUGUCACAUUAAUGGAGUUCUGCUUGCUAUAAAAUUAUGAUGGGGUUUUAUUGGUUUAAUUAUUUUUUUCUUUCAAGCUAUUCAAGUGCUUAUUUGCAGAGAAGCUGAGAGGUUUAAGAACUGGAGAAACUCUCCAUAAUAGAGUAAACAGGAUAUGUCACCAGGGUUUGAGUGUAGAUACGAGUGGAGCUCCUCAAACCCCAUCUAGUCACGAUCAUCAAGAAUCCAAGAUCGUUUCCUUUGCACCAAAUGUGGUUUAAAAACACUAAUUAAACUGACAGUGCAACACUAGAAUUGCAAAAACGGUGACACUAUUUGUGAUUGGAGGAAGAAUUGAUGAGCUACAUGCCAGGUGAAACUCUAGACUUGUGAUAUUGUCUCUUAUGUGGACUACCUUUGGCUAGAUCUUCCCCUAAGAAAUGCCAAACCCUUUUUGAAAAAUCCAAACUUCAGCUAAUCCCUGGGGGUGGAGGAUGAAGGUUGUGAGAUACAAGAAUCUGUAUGUGCCGUUUCCAGGUGUACUUCUGGACUAAUACUUCCUCUAGCAAUUUUUUGAUACUGUGUGUCUCCUAUUAUUUUGUACCAGGGAAAAAUUGAGACCUCUCUUCAGAGGAGUGCUAAUGUCAUAGACCCCCCCCACACACACACACCCUGUUUUCUAAACCCAGUGGUAUCUGUUUUUCCUCACCCUUAUAGCUCCCACCCGUAGCUGCUGCUAAUGUUUGUGUUAGGAAAUUCUCAUAUCUGAUAAAGGGUAAAGGGAGCAGCCCCCACACAUCCCAUUGUCAAUCACUGCCAUGAGGGUUUCCUUACAAAGGGUGGUGGGAUAAAGAAUCCUCUGAUUCCAAUAUAAAGCAAAAGUUCUGUUACAUCACCAAUGUCCAUACUCCACAAGGACUUCAUUAAACUAAAAAGGAAAGUAGUACAAUCAAGAUGUCUGGGAUUAAAAAGAAGCCCCUACUCAACUGAGCAUCUGCACUGACCCAGACAGCGGAAACAGAAGGCUCUGGAUAAAUAACACUGCCCAGUGAAGCUAGUGGGGUGGGAGGAUCAGGCAAAGAGCAAUUUUUGGACUGUGCUGAACUGACAAGAUAAACUCUUUGCCAAUCACAUGGUCAUGGCAGAGAAUGAGUGUCAAGUUUUUAAAACAAAAUAAUGUUUUUAAUGGGGCUUUUUUCCAUGCAAGAAGAGGAAACCCUAUGCUACAACAGAUCCUUCUGAACAAAAUGGCUGUCUGCAAUUUUUUAAAAAAAUAAAAAAGAAAACUGUUUCAAAAGUUUUUAGUGUCAAAUGCAUAAACACAAGAAUCCUGACUUUUUCCAGUGUGUGUGGCGAGUGCUGUAAUCCUAUCAUCGGUAUUUUCCCUGACUUUUUCAGGGUAUUUUUUCCUGUUUUGUUUUCUGCUUGUCAAUAUUGUCUGUGUGGUCCUUUGGCUCAGACAGUUACCAACAGUGUGUGUCUGUUGUCAGAUUUAAAAAAAAAAAAGCGAUAGUAGUAGAACUGAAAAUGAUGUGUGUUUAAAAAUAUAAUAAUAAAUGUAAAUAAAAGGAAUUCAAGUUAUGACACAGCAAAGCUCUGACUCCUCCUCCUGGGUUUGUAAGGAAAAAGAUUUGUGGACUCAUGAUUAUAAUCAAUUGCCUUUAACAGGCUAGUAACAGCAAAACUAGUUUGGCCUCUUAGGAAAUAACCCCAUACUGUAUGUUCCCUCUCCCCCUGUUUUACACUGUACAUAGUAACCACAGAGUAUAGAAAUGGGAGGGGGAAAUAGUAUUUUAGAAACUAGUCUUUACUAGUAAAGUUAUCAGCCCAGCAUGUCCUUUAGGUUAUCACCCAUUGAUAUAAAUAGAUUGGAUGCUUUGGGGAAAAUUUUCAGACAUUGGCACUUGAACUGCACCUAUAAAUUAUGUGGGUAUGUGCAAAUGCAUAUUGGCUUCUACAGUUACCAGUUCACAUAGUGCAAUGCUUAUGUUGCAGGUGCCUGUUUUUAAAACUGUAUCCAGCAUCUUUUGUGCAGCAUCAAAGGGCUUCCAGCCCUUUUCUGCUCCAGUUGUUUCAAAGAUUGGACUAUAUAAAAAGACUUUGUCAACUUAAAACUGCAUAUUGGUAAACAGACAUUUCUGUACUCGUGUUGUUAGUGACACCGUAAGUUAUUUUAAAUGAAUGUAUUUUUUACAAUUCUAUUUUUCACUAUGCUGUUUGUUUACUUUUUGCACUUUUUCUAGUUUGGACACUGCAAACUAAGGCAAUCAGUUUCACUUUUUUGAAUAGCCAUUUUCACUUUCAUGUCCUGCUCUGUUGGGUUUAUUUGUUCAAAACCAACUGUUUCAGUUAAGAAUAAAAAUCAGGGAACCAUUUCUAUUAAUAGGCUCUAGUCUAGGACUUUGUAAAAGCUUGGCUCUAUAAAUCUAAAUUUCGAGCCAAAUAUGAAUUAGACGCUGACCCUUUACUCUACUUUUCCCCAUUCACCCCGCUCUCAAUGGUUCCGAUCAGGUCUCAGUCUUAGUGAAGUGUAUGUAAUAACACUUUUCCUUUUAUCUAGUAACCUCAGUAUUUGUGAAGAGCAUUAACUUCCAUUUGGCCUGUUCCUGUGACAGACUUGGAGAAUUUAAGUUUUGAGUUCAGUAAUUGUCUCUCAACAUUUAUUCAUUUAUUUGUUACAGUAGUUCCUGGGGCUGCUAUACUGAUAAAGUGCUUAUAGAUUUCUGAAGGAGGAUAACUCAGAUGGGACCACAGCCAGGGGAACCAUUUCUGUGCUGAUCCAACAUGCUGCUCCAAGCCCACUAAAACAGUAUUACUGUUUCUCUCUGUUUCACUAACUGAUGGAUAGUACACCAGAUUCUGAUUUACCAAAUUGUUCCUGGGGGUAGCCCAGUGGAUUGUCAUAAGGAAUAAAAUUUGUGGGACACCCACUCUAUAGCCAGGGAUCCCUUAUUUGCUUUGGAAGAGACAUGUUGCACUUUAGUGGAGGAGGAGAUUGGCUUUGGAUAUAGAGUCUGGCAUACUUGAGUUCCUUUUGGAAAAGCAGCAGCAGGAGACAUUGAUGUCUGUGGUGCAAGUGUGCACGCUGCCUUCAACUUGUAUGUGUUUUAUUGCUGGAGUCAUGUUACUGACAGGAUAAUGAAAUUGCAAAGAAAAUGUGUUAUAUUCAACUUUGCCUUGAUAAUUAUAAACACUUUUUGUUCAUUUUUUCUUCUUUUUUAUUCACAAACUAAAUUCAUCAAGAAAUUAUAAAAUUAUUUAAAAACUC